CGGGGUGGAGGGGGACGAGGGCGCAGGCGGGCAGCCGACCCCGCCCGGCCCAGAGGACGUCGGUGCGAGCUGAGGCGGGCCUGGGGGAGUGGAAGCGGGGAUCUCCGGCCCCCGGCGCCGCCCGCCCGGGAGGAGGGGAGCCGAGGGGCGGGCUCUCGCGGCGGCGGCCGGGCUCCUCCCCGCGCCAAGCCUCCGCCGCCCGCGCCCGCGCCCGCGCCCUCCGCGGCCAUGCCCGGGCCCUAGCGCCCGCGCCUCUUCCAUGGGCAACCUGCUCGGCGGGGGCAGCCUCCGCGAGCCCAGCACCGUGGAGGACUGCGACUCCACCUGGCAGACGGACUCGGAGCCCGAGCCCGAGCCCGAGGAGCCGGCGCCCGGCGGCGGGGCGGGCCCGGGGCAGGAGCCCGCGCAGCCCGAGCAGCCCCCGGAGCGCGCCGGCGGCCGGCCCCGCGCCAGUGGACUGGAUGACCCUGGCUCCUGCUCUUUGCUCUCGGUGGAAACAGCCAAAUCCAGAGCAGUAUGCCUUCGACAAUGUUUCAGCUGUCUGGUUCAUUUUCUAAAUAUUUCCUGUUUAGGGGUUUACAUCGAAGAGGUUCUAAACAAGUGGAAAGGAGACUUCGAGAAGCUGGAGCACAGCCACACUUACAUCCAAUGGCUCUUCCCCCUGAGAGAACAAGGCUUGAACUUUUACGCUAAAGAACUAACUACAUAUGAAAUUGAGGAAUUCAAAAAAACAAAAGAAGCAAUUAGAAGAUUCCUCCUGGCUUAUAAAAUGAUGUUAGAAUUUUUUGGAAUAAAACUGACGGAUAAAACUGGAAAUGUCGCUCGGGCUGCCAACUGGCAGGAGAGGUUUCAGCAUCUGAAUGAGUCCCAGCACAACUACUUGCGAAUCACCCGUAUUCUUAAAAGCCUUGGUGAGCUUGGAUAUGAAAGUUUUAAAUCUCCUCUUGUAAAAUUUAUUCUUCAUGAAGCUCUUGUGGAAAACACUAUCCCCAAUAUUAAGCAGAGUGCUCUGGAGUAUUUUGUUUAUACGAUUAGAGACAGAAGAGAAAGGAGAAAGCUGCUCCGCUUCGCGCAGAAGCAUUACACGCCUUCGGAGAAUUUCAUCUGGGGCCCGCCGAGGAAGGAGCCGGCGGACGGGGCCCGAGCGCAGAGGCCGGCCGCGCCCCCCGCCGGGCCCGGCGGCCAGACCCCGACGCACAAAAGACCCAAGGACUCCAGAAGCGCCUCCUCAGCUGCUCCCGGCGGUGGCAAAACAGCCGAGGAGAAAAUAGGGGCGCCUCGGGAGGCGGGAGAAGAGGCAGGCAGGCCGGGCGCGGAGCCCGGCGGCGGGGAUGCGCGGCCGGGGAGCGCGGAGGAGGAGCGGAAGGCCGAAAACGCGAGUUCUCCCCCAGAAAAAACAGUUAGUAAUCCCGCAGAGACGAAGGAGACUGCAUCUCCUCCCGAAAAAGCUGAGGAAGGUGAGAAUUACAGCCAAGAUGGUGAAGAUCCUGGAAAUACAGGUUCCGGUGAUGAGGUGCCGUCACCGUGAGUUGUCAGAAAACCCACGCACCAGGUUAGGGAAGGAGGGAGAGCUCCCCGAUGUACCCUGAAGAACAGAGAGGGGCCGCGCUUCAGCCGUCUGUCUGUGAUUUCUGUUGUAAGCGUUUUUUAUUUGCUUUUUGUUUUGGAUGACAAUUUAAUAUUUAAUAUGAAGUUUUAAGGCGAGACCCAAUGAAUGAAUGUACUGUGUAACACUUUUAGGAUAUGAGUUUUCAAAUUCUGUACACAAUAAUUACUUUAAAAUUGUUUUCAAUGUAUCUGGAAAUAAUCAUGUAGUAUUUGGUAUAUCAAAUAAAUUCUUUUGCGAGA